AGUAACGCGGUUAUUACAUGUCGACAUGUCACUCCUCAGAGUAUGUGCCUUUGCAAAACGUCUGAGUGGUCGCAGUUUAUUUGAGAAGUGUGCCGCGCGCGCGCCCCUGGCGGACCGCUGUCAGCUGCGCGCGCCGACGAGAAACGGCGCGGUGAGGCGAAUAUCAGAGACACGCUUGCAGCUUCAAAGGAUAAAUAUUUCAUUUGUCCCCAAGAGAGACGAUGCUAAAAAACGUGGCCUGGAGCAGUCCCAGUUGUUAAACGUGCUUGAGGCCAGGAUCCAGCAACUCCAAACUGGCAUCGUUUUAGAUGUCCGUCAUGCAAAGGGACAAUUUCUCAAAGCCCCCUCUCCGGGACGAGGGGCGUUAUCUGGCCAGGGUCCCAGAGGCGCCCCUAAGGACCAAACUGACAUUCCUAAAUCCGGAAAGACUCUUAACGUGGCGUCUAAAUCUCAGCCCAGCCGCUGGAUGCAAAAACUAACUCUGGAGAAGAAAAACAAACUCAAAAAACAGCAGCGCCUCCAUCAGAAAAUACAGAAGAACGCCAAGAAGAAACCUGGCGACAGACCUAAAGGGAGCGAAAGCAUCUCGGCGCUCCCGGGUCCCGUGAUUAAGAACAUGAAAUUGUCUGACGAGAUUCGUGCCUCGGUUACUUUGAGAGAUGCGGCGGCAGCGGGGACGGCGGCGGCAGCGGGGACGGCGGCGGCGGCGGCAGCGGGGACGGCGACGCAUUCAAAAUCUACAGGGAAACAGAAGAAAUCUAAAAAAACGGUCGGCGUUAAAAAAAGCCAGGAGCAGUCCGCCAUCGAAGUCCAGGUCAUGGCCGAGGAGCAGGCCAAGAUGGAGGAGCUGGAGUGGAGGCUCAGUCAACAGGUGAGCCAGUGGACGUCGUCGAGUAACCCGCAGCGCCUCCAGGAGGACGCGGAGGGUGCUGCAUCCGGGGACAUGCAGCUGAGCAUCCGCUCUUACCUGGAGGCGUGCGUGUUCACCGGGGACGUCGAGCGGGCGCAGCGCUUCCUGCUCAGCCAGCACCGAGUGAUGAGUCGACGGAGACACAUGAACACGGCCAUCUACAACAUCAUGAUGAGGAUGUGGGCCAAGAAGGGCAUGUUAAAUCAGAUUGGCCGCAUAUUUAUUCUGUUAGAAGAGGCGAGUCUGAAACCAAACGUGGGAUCCUACUGCACUGCCCUGGAGUGUAUGGGCCGCAAUCCCAGCUGCUCCCCCAAUGUCAUCACAAGGUGCCUGUGCCGGAUGGAGGAGGAUGGCCUGUCUGUGGACGACGUGUUCAGCCAGUGUGUGUUCCGGCAGGACGAGCGGGACAUGGUGCUGAAGGCCGUGCACGUCGUCCAGCCCGACUACCGGCCGCGCCUCGACGCGGGCGCUACGCCGUCCUCCUCAUCGCUGGUCCACGAAUUCUACACACAGAGGUCAGACCACCAGUACCCCAAACUGGACUUCACCCAGGAGGAGCUCCAGGAGCGUUUCAAACUGCAGCUCGACAUGGAACAGGCCUGCACCACCACCAUCGACUCCGUGGAGGCGGCCAAGCCCGUGACUGAACACAUGGCGAGAAUGAGGGAGCUGCUGGUGGAUCAGCGGGCGCAGUGGCAGAAGAUCCUCCUCCAGGCCCUGAGGGAGAGUAAGAUGAUCCUGGCGAACACCAACAGCAAGGACUACCGGCUUAACCUUUAUCCCUACCUCUGUGUGCUGGGGGAUAUAGAGUAUGUCGACAUCAUGAUACAGAGCGUCGCCAACCUGCCUCCCAGCGGAGAGUCGCUGAAGAUUUUGGCCAGAGAGCUCGGCAACCGGGUCUACACCAAGUACUCCGUGCGGCAGAAGCACCGGAACCAGAUGGUGGAAAAGUUGCGCAACAUCUACAACGCGUACACAGACCUGCUGGCCAAAGACACAAAGGAGUUCGUCGUCCUGCCCAGCGAGCAUUGGCGUAACCUGGAGAUGGAGCAGAGCUCGGGACCCUCGCUGCACGGAGGAGAGACCCACUGGCCGUACAUCGUGUCCCUGGAGCUGGGCACCUUCAUGGUGGAAAUGAUGGUCAAGAACCUCAAAAUCAACAGCGACAUCCUGAACUCUGCUUUCGAGAGGAAGCGCAUCCCCAUCCUGUACCACAUGUACACCUUCCGCAGCACGCGACAGAUCGGCUUCAUCAAGCCCCACCCCAUCCUGAUCCAGAUGCAGCAGGACGCCAUGGAGACCAAGUUGACCUUUGACUCCUACGUGAUCCCGAUGCUGUGCCCUCCCGUGCCCUGGACGUCUGUCAAGUCCGGAGCCUACCUGCUGACGCCCACCAAGCUGAUGCGCACGGUGGAAGGGGCCACGCAGCACGAGGCGCUGUUGGAGAAAAGCCAGAACCUCAUGCCGGUCCUGGACUCUCUCAACCAGCUGGGCAACUGUGCCUGGAGCAUCAACAAACCCCUGUUGGACAUUAUCAUCUCCAUCUUCAACGACCGGGGCAGCGAGAAGCUCGACAUCCCUCCGCCUCUGUCGGAGGCCCCCAAAGUACCCCACGUCAACGCCCACGACCCCGCGUACACGGCCUCUGAGAAAGCCCACAUGAAGAGGGAGGUGAUCAACGCCCGGAAGAAAAGCAGCGAGAUGCACAGCCUGCGCAUGGACGCCCUGUACAAACUCUCCAUCGCCAACCACAUGCGGGACGAGAUCUUCUGGUUCCCUCACAACAUGGACUUCCGGGGGCGGACCUACCCCUGUCCGCCGUACUUCAACCACCUGGGAAGCGACGUCACGCGGGCCGUCCUCUUGUUCGCGGAGGGGAAGCCGCUCGGGCCGAAAGGACUGGACUGGCUGAAGAUCCACUUGGUCAAUCUGACGGGGCUGAAGAAGAAGAGCUCUCUGGUGGGGCGGCUGGAGUACGCCAACGAGAUCAUGGAGGACGUCUUGGACUCGGCAGACGACCCUCUCAAUGGUAGGACGUGGUGGAUGAAUGCAGACGAGCCUUGGCAGGCGCUGUGCUGCUGCAUGGAGAUCGCCAACGCCGUGAGAUCUCCCGAUCCAACGCGCUUCAUCUCCCAUUUUCCCGUUCACCAGGACGGCUCCUGUAAUGGCCUCCAGCACUACGCCGCCCUCGGCAGAGAUGUUGUUGGCGCCACGUCCGUCAACCUCAUGCCCUGCGACGUGCCCCAGGAUGUGUACAGCGGAGUAGCACAGCAGGUGGAGGAGUUCCGGGCGCGGGACGCACGGAGCGGCAUGAAGGUCGCCCAGGUCCUGGAGGGCUUCAUCAGCAGGAAGGUGGUGAAGCAGACCGUGAUGACGGUCGUGUACGGGGUCACGCGCUACGGGGGACGCCUCCAGAUAGAGAAGCAACUGAAGGAGAUCGACGAGUUCCCGAAGGAUCACGUGUGGGAAGCAUCUCAAUACCUGGUGCGGAUGGUGUUCAAUGGCCUCAAGGAGAUGUUCACGGGGACCAGAGAGAUCCAGGAUUGGCUGACGGAGAGCGCCCGGCUCAUCUCCAAGUCCGGCCACACCGUGCAGUGGGUGACCCCCCUGGGUUUACCCGUCAUUCAGCCGUACCACCGCAUACGCAACCAAGUGCUGAAGAGUACCAUGCAACACAUCAGCGUCCAGAUCAGCCACGACGCCAGAGAGAGGCCGGACACGGUGAAACAGAAGAACGCCUUCCCGCCAAACUUCAUCCACUCUCUGGACUCCACCCACAUGAUGCUGACCUCUCUCCACUGCUAUAGUGCCGGCCUGACGUUCGUCUCGGUUCACGACUGCUUCUGGACCCACGCCGUCACCGUGGACACCAUGAACAAGUCAGAGCCGUUGUGGAGCGCACAGCAGCCCGCCCAGCCGAUCCUCCAGGAUCUGUCCAACUACCUGCUGCAGAAAUACUGCACCACGCUCCCGAUGGAGGGCAAGAACAAGAAGUACCUGGAGUACAGGAGGAUGAUGCUGCUGCUGGCCAAAGUGCCCCAGACAGGUGAUUUUGACCUCCGGCGGGUGAAAGAGUCGACGUACUUCUUCAGCUGAGAGAGACCGGCGAGGUCCGAGCCAGCUGAGGGAGAUGAGUGGAAUUGACAGUGCAGCGGGGGGGACGCCGACGCCGCCGCCGCCGCCGCCGCCGCCGGGGGGUCUCGGCCGGCUUCGUCUCCCUCGGACGUCGAGGCCAUCGAUCGGGCCGCGCCCCCCCCCCCCUGCCUCCGGGUGCUGCAGCUGCUGGAGCUGCUGGGGGCGAACCCGCCGCCUGAUGAAGUGGCGAGGAGCGGCGCUGAUGGAGGGGAGGACGGGACGCUCAUCCAGGCGGAAUGAUGAGGGAAUCGGCACCGGAUGGGAACGUUAAGACUUCAAUCAGUGGAAAGCACCUCUCAUAAUGGGUGCUUGGGCCGUGCGUGUGUGUGUGUGUGUGCGUGUGUGUGUGUGUGUGAAGAGCUCCACAGACCGAUGACUCUCUGCGACUAUCCCCCCCCCCCCCCCCCGAUCCCUCGAUCCCUUCACUCACUGGAUGACAGGAUGCUGCCUGACACGGUAUUUAAACACGGAGACGGUUGAGAGACGUUCACUGACAUCGGGAGAUACGGGACUCACAGGGAAGUGAAAGGGCGAGCGCUGUGCAGCGACCGGCGCCCUGAAAUAAAAGUCUCCGAUAACCUUUUUCAAAAAAAUUGUUUUUGUGUCCGCAAACCGUCGUUGUUCGACAGUUCUGAUGGCGUCCUCUCAUUUUGGACUCCGCCCCCUCGGAGUUUGUCCUUAAAGGAGAAGAUUCACUCGCAUUUUGGGUUUUUUGAUGCUAAGCUAACAAAGCUAGCUUCACAUUUACUGCUCGAUCUUCUCGCGUAAUCCUCAGGAAGAAACCAAAAGAGACCGCACAUUCCAUUUUUACUUCACCUUCAUUUUCUCACCUCAGCUUUAAAAAAAAGCGACUCCUACCUUUUUUAAAAAAAACUAAAUUUCGACUUUCUUGUAAAGUUUACACCGAAGCUGCGACCGUCUUAAAAAAGACGAGGUCGUCUCCUCUGCCCUCGUCUCCUUGAGGCCGGUUGUCUCCUGCAAAGUGCUCACAUGCUUCACACACACGCGCGCACACACACACACACGGCCGCUAACGUUUCACAACUGCCUUCCCCGACAACGACUUCCCCUCGGAGCGCUCUGGGAUUUAUCUCGGCCUUGUUUUGUUUGAGAUUAAUUUUGAAGCGAACGUUCGUGAGACGCCCUUCGCCAUAAAUGUGCGUUUUUGACUGAUCGACGCUUUAAAAUCGUGAACCGCGGCGUUAAAAAACGAUAAUAUAAAUCCCGUGUCUCGUGUUUACGGCGUCCGGAUUUACGGCCGACGGGAGGUUUGAGUUCUUCGCCGUCUCUCUGACGGCAAUUUUGUUUAUUUUAAGGAAGCGUGCUCCGUCAAAUUUAAUGCGACGGUAAAAAAGUACCGUUUUUGUUUAUUAGACCCUCUCGCUGUCUGAUGGUGAUGAUGAUGAAGACUGGGAGGGGGGAGGUACUGAUGGCCUUCCUCCUUAAGGGGAACUUGAGUUUGGGUUCAAACAAGCUGUUCAAGAAGCUUCAAGCUCAGAUUUUCCAAACCUAACUUUAACCUGUCUCACAAGUGGAUUUCACCAACCACCAAAUCUGACACACACACACACACACACACAUUGGGAUAUGUGGAAUAUGGCCCUCUCUCCAUUGUAAUGAAGUGGGUCCUGAUAUGACGUCUCUGGUGAUGUAACACUCUUCCUGGAGCCGCUCACUCCCCCCCCCCCCCCCCUCCCAGUUUCCCGGGAGUCUAUCUCCUAUCUCCUGCCCCCGCGGGGGGUCUCGAGUGGCGGAGUGUGCAGAGAGUCCUGGAGGGAGCAAGCGGGGCCACAGCUCCCUGUCAGCGGGGGGGGGGGGGGGGUGGACUGACAUGUUUCUUUAGGAUAUUUAUUCCGAGCAGAUGUUUCGCUCCGUGGAGGUUUGGACAUAAACAAAUGUUUUUGAGGGCAUUUUAUUUAUUUUUAUUUAUAGUUUAUAAUAAAUUGCUUUAUGAUUUAUGCCACACGAUACAAUUACUUUAAAUUAUAAAGUUUAUUGUGACUUAUUUUUAAAAAGUAAUUCUGGGAAACUAUCUUUGUUUUGGUUUUUUAUGCCAUACUAUACUAUGACUUUUAAUAUCAUACAUUUUUUUAUGGAAUACUAUACUAUGAUUUUUAAUUUUGACAUAGUAUACUUUGACUUUUCAAGGAAUACUCUACUAUAUUUAUUUCUGACUAUUUAAUGCUUAAUGUUGAACUUUUCAUGUUGAACUAUUCCAGGACUUCUUACAAACUAAAACAUGCAUUUUCUAUAUCUAUUUCUAUUACAUUAAAUGGCAUUAUAUAUUAUGACGAAUAUAUUUUGGAGUUUCUUUGACAUUUUUAUGCCAUACAAAACAAUAACAUUAACACAACAAAUGUGUUGCCUUCGGGUCAUUUUGACCCGAUUCAAUAUUUAACCCUCCUGUCACCUUCGGGUCAAUUUGACCCGAUUCAAUGUUUAAUGUCGGUGUUCUUUCGGGAGUCAACAAACAAACAUAAAGUACCUCACACUUAAACUUGGAAAACAAUAUUAAUUCUAAUAAUGUUCUGGAGAUUUUAAUAGCUGGGGUCAUAUUGACCUCAAGGGUAAAAUAUGUUAGUAAAUAUAAAGGUAACAGGAGGGUUAAACAUUGAAUCGGGUCAUAUUUACUCGAAGGCGACAGGAGGGUGAAACAUUGAAUCGGGUCAAAUUGACCCGAAGGCAACACAAGGGUUAAGAGAUUAAGUUGCAUUCUAAAAUAUUGACAACUACCCGUAAACAAAGGCUGAGAGAAAUGUCACAUUUCAUAAUAAAAGCAUGAAUCCACUAUACCACACAGGUAAUAUUUAAAUAUUAAAAUCAGUUUGAAGGGUAUUUUUUUGCUCGUUGGAUGUCGGAGGUUCUGUGAAGCCAGAAAGCAGCUCUGGUUGCAAAUAGAGAUUAUUAAUAAAUAAAUAAUACACAACAGAUGCAGACAGGAUCAUACAAACUGAGGGCGACAGUAGAAAAAGAAGUGAUUUCUUUCUUCUGCUUUAUUAUGUUCAAGACAUAUCGGUUCAUACCAGAUUAUAAUAUGCACUUUUGUAAAAAGAUAUUCCAUUUUUCAAACAUUUUUAUUUUUCAUGUAUGUCUAAAGUUACAGUAAACUAGGCUAAAUAAAUGAAUAAAUAGUCUGGUUUACAUGACGUUCACACACAGAAAUAACAAAGUUAUUGUCAUCAAAGAGGGGAAACGUACAUUUAAUAUCUGUUUCCCCCGAAAACAGACAAAAUUAAUCCGAAGGGGGAAAUAUUGCAUCUCCAUCAACACUUUUAUGAAUAUGUUCAGUGUGAGUUAUCCUCUGAUUGUUGAGUUUGUGAGGAUGAAUCUGUCUUUCAUAUCUUAACAUGUUGAAACAUACAAAAAAUAUAUAUGCGACUUUGGUUUCACUCGUUCGUUCGGCAGCUUUUAUUGAAAUUGUGGUCGUUAGAGAUCUUUGCGCUUCAGUUAUUAAUAUCUGCUCCUGUCUCCCUAUCGUGGGCCUUCUAUUGAAGUCAAAAUAAACAUGUCUAUGAACUUA